CUCUCCAUAGAAACAUCCAUAGCUGCAUGUGUAUAUGAGUUCAGUGUGGAGAAGUCGAUACCGAUGCCGAUAUGAUAUCGGGCCUUUUCUGCUUUGUCAUUGUUUUGUCAUUGUCACGUGCACAGUGUACAUACAAAUGGACUUCUGUAAAAGGAUGUUGUCACUGUUCCGUAAGAAAAAAAGGGAAGUUGGCUGACCGUUAAAGGUUGGUGGUCGGCGCCCUUGUGGCUCCAGAGAGUCCAAAAUGAGGCGUGUGCUCGUCGGAGUCGUAAUGAUGGUGGACCUGCUGGCAGCCCAAGUGUCAAUCAGCCCUCCUGCGCAGGUGACGUUCGACUCCGUGGACUUUAACAACAUUCUACGCUGGACAGCGUCCUCCAACGACACUGAUGUCCGCUACCACGUCCAGUGGAAGAUCUAUGGAGCUGGAGAGUGGAAGGACGUGGGCCACUGUCAGGGCAUCCUGAUGCACCACUGUGACGUCAGUAGCGUGACCUCUGAACUCCGGGAGUUUUACUACGCCAGACUGAGGGCGUCGUCGUCUUCCGGCAAGUCAGUGUGGGUCCUUUCGCCGAGAUUCAACCCCCGAUGGGACACCAUAAUAAGCUCACCGCUGCUGAGGUUGAACGCCACGGAGAAAGGGAUUGUGGUCCACGUGAGGACCCCUCAGCUUCUAGCCACGAAGAUACAGAGCAGUCUGCUGUCCAGAAGCCUUCUCUACAAGAUCUACCUCAUCCAGCCAUCUGGCAAGGAGGAGGUGUUUGAGGAGAUGAUUUGCUGCUCAGGCAAGCUCCUUGUGACCAAAGUGAAACAUAAGAGCAAAUAUUGCCUCCAGGUUCAGACGGUCAACCCCCUGCAACGCCGCAGCAGUGCUCGAGGGCCGCGGAAGUGCAUCACCACGCUGUGAUCGUGCUGUGGUGCACCCGGAACACUAAUUUUUAGAUACGUUUUAGUAACAUGGUACACUUGUUGCUUUUCAUGCUUAUGCUUAGGUUGUCUUUUUCCUCUCCUUAAAGUGACACUACAUCGUAUACAAUAUACACAAAUGUUGUUUUUUUCUCAAAUGUUACUAUGACAAUAUGACAAUGUAUAAUAAUAAUAAUAAUAUGUUUUGUUUGGUGCAUGCGUGACAAGCAAUAAUAAGGAGUCACAUGAUUAUUGAUGACAGUUUGUACUUUGGGUAUCAUACAAGGUGCUAUAUCAUUCCAUCCAUCAUCACGUCAGACAAUUAUGUUCUUUUUCUUCACUUCCUGUCUUGAAUAUGUUUUGUCAUUAAACGUUUUUCA